AUGCCUCAAAACGGCAAAUUUCUCGCCGAAAUGCCGCAAAUUGCACUGAGAAGCGUGUUCGACAACUUGAAACCGUGGGAUCUGUGCGUUUUUUCGCGGCAAAAUCCCGGUUUUCAAGUCAUUUUUUCAGCUUUAACGUCGCGCAAACGUGUUCCACUUUGCGGCACCACGUCAUCGAGUACAAUUUUCCGGUUUCCGAGUACCGAAUCCACUUGCACACUUCGUUUUUGUCGGUGCAAGUCGCGAGCCGGUCCGCCACGUGGCAAUGGGUUUUCGAGAAGAAACGGCGACGCAAAUUCCGGUCAAGACUCGACGAUAUUGACAGUUUUUGCGAAUACGCGACACAUUUCGAAGGCGACAAUAUUCAUUUGCUGUUUCUGAACGUUUUAGGAGAAAUUUCGGCGGUUUUUGGAGGUGAACAGUAUGAAACGGCUUUGAAUCGAUUUACGGUGGAGAUGGAGCAAAUCGGAGUGCUCCGGCAGGUUUUUAAACUGUCCCAAUGCUUUCGGAAAUGCGAUUUUUUGACACUUCGGACUCGCGAAGCUAUUGUCGAUUCGGAAUUGAGACAAGUCUUGCGAUGGUUUCGAAAAAUGCACAUUUGGAACGUGUUUAGUGAGUUUAUAAUAUCCAUUUAGCGCUAAGAAAACUGUUUCAGUCACCACAAGAUUGUGA